AUGGAGCAAAUCGAUGUUGAUCCAUGGAUUGAUACAGGUGUCUCGGCUCAUGAAACUCUAUGCAUCCAUGCGUACUUGCCUUCAUUCGCGUUCGUCACUUCUCGAGGCACUACAUUAACGAAGACGCGAGACAAGCAUCUCGAGGAGAGACGUAUGAUUCCCGAAGAAUUCUUUAAAGUUUUCGACGAAAAAUUCUCCGGACCACUUUAUCCGACACCACCUAUUGAAAUAGAGAAUAUAUGCUCUGCGUUUUUAAAGGGAAGUAGCAGCCAACACAUGUCAACGAUUUUAGAGGGAAUUCAAAAUUUGGGUGCUGAUUUCAAGAAAAUAGAUUAUCUUGUGGCAAGCGAGACACUGCAUAAGAUCUCUGGUGCCGUAUUCAACCAAACCAGAUCGUGGAGACUAAGAGCAUAUCCGGAAAUAGUUGAUGGACACCGAGUGAUUAUUUUGUGUGACGAUGACUUUGAAGAGAUUGAGAUAACUCCUUUGAAAGAUUCUCAAUUUCUAAAGCAACGCAAGGAAUCAAUUAAUUUCGCUCAACAAAUGUGUUCUCGCUACGAGAAUCGCAAAACAAAUCACUUUUUACACGCAAGUAAAAUGGUUUCAUCAUCGCUAACUUAUCGAGGUUGCUCUGUAAAAAUGGUAGUAGUGGGAGAAGUGGAUAUGGUGACCGAUAAGCAAGCUUUCAACGCAGCGGUGCUGACGGGACGACCAAACCGAGUGCAACUCGGUGACGACGAGGAGAGCAUUACCGAAUCUUUCGAAUACUUGUGGUCGCGUUGUUUCUGGAUGGGAAUGACAAGUUGUCUCAUUGGAAUGCGUUCUACCCAAACUGAACCUGUGAAAGCUGUUCGUAACUCAAAUGUUCGCCAUAUUUCUCAAAUUCACCACUUCGAUAUCAAAGACUUUGCCCAGAAGUACCGAGGCCGAAUCGGCGGAUACCACGACACAGCCACAACCUGCGUAGCACAAGUUAUGAAUCGUCUUCGAGAAGCCGUCUAUUCGAGACCAAAUGUCAACUGGAUUGUUGAAUACGAGGGACGUAGCGAAGAGUUUGAGCCCGGAUACAUCAAAAUAACAGAAGCAGCUCAAUCUGUCAGUUUCUGGUUACUCCAUGAGAAUUACCUUUUGACAAAGGAUGAGUUGACAAAAAGAUUGGUGGAGAAGGAGAAGAGAAUGAUGGAAGAAACAGCUAGAAUCUCGAAGCUUGCUAGAAAGAGUCAACCCAAAACGAAGAUUAAUUCGAAAGAUGAAACCGCUGAAGCCACAAAACCUCGAAAAGAAGCAGGAAGAGAAAUUACUUCUGGAGGAUCUAAAAAAUCUCGCAAUAUUUCGAUAGAAUCGAUGGAAGCGCUUCCAAAUAAUAAAUUAUUCGACAGAAAACAUCCGAGAGAGUAUACUAAACGGAGUGAGAAGCUACCUGAAAAAGAAAGAUCUGGGCCGAAAAUUCGGAAAACAGAGUCUUCGAUCCUGAUUGAAAAAUCUCGCGAACAAUGUCAGAAAUCUUUCAAAAGGAUCAAAUAA